AUGCGGACGAACGGGCUGUUAGAGCUCUUCCAUAUCCAUGGGACGGAGAAGGAGGGGGCUUCAAGGGAAGGUGGGACGUCGACGGGCAAUGUUCCGCCGAAUCUGGGCUUUGCGCAUUUGGGGUUCUCAGUGCCGGAUGUGCAGGCGGCUGUGGAGCGAUUGAGAGAUGCCGGGGUGGAGAUCUUGAAGGAUGUCGGUGUUUGUUCGAGGGAGACCGUCCCUUUGAGUGAGUGGGAGGCCGGGAGGGGUGUUGGAGUUGGGGAAAUUCACGAGAAGUAUGCGUGGUUCUUUGAGAAGUUUGCUAUGGUGGCUGAUCCGGUGAGCAUGCUGAACUUUGUCUGUGGCGAAUGGGGGUCGCUGACGUUUCUGCAGGAUGGGUAUAUGAUAGAACUAACUCAGAGUGUCUGA